CAAAUCGAGGAGGAAGGGGAACAAAUCGACCAAAUGAAGCCAUGCAUGGAAAAAAUUAACCAAACUUAACAGCUUUGGUCUAUUUAUAGAAUAUUGAAUAGUCAGUAACAUAUCUACUCGACUUGACAGCACUGAAAAAUCAGUUUUAACCCGGCAGGCUGAAUAAUCGAGCUCAGUGCGGUAACUAUCGCCACUAUGAAAGGAGCAGCUAAAAGCAAGGUGGUGACAUCAGGGAGGCUGACGGGAGCAGCAGGCAAAGUGCAGCCGACCAGGAGACGAGUGACUCCAAAUCCAGGAGCAGCAGCCCACCCUGAGCCAGCCUACUCUCUGUACUCCACUGACUCUGAAGACCAGGUCACUUCUCUCCAUAAGGGUCUGGACCGCUGCGCUGCACUGCUCAGUGACAUCCUGCAGGCUGACAGGGCAGCCUCACCAGUCCUUCCCAAAGCAGUGAAGGGUGGAGCAGCUAAAUCAACACCAUCUGCUCCACUGAGGAGGAAGAGUAUAAAGAAACUAACUCCAAAGAUAGCUGCACACUCAGGAGUGAAGCUCCAAUCACCUCGGAAACAACCGGCCACCCUGCGACAGGCUCGCCUCUCCCCGUCACCCCGCCAAACACUGCGGCACCUCCCCCCCAACACUCCCCCACCCCAAACUGUCGUCUCUCAACCUCAACCUACCCCUGACUCCCUCCAGCUGCCCGUCCCUCUGACUGAGUGCCAGGCUGCUCCCGACGCUCCACACACACACGGCCAGGCAGAGGAGAAGUUUGUUCCUGUCAGAGACAUCAGUGUCCAAAACACUGCCGCAGACACACACUGCGGUGUCGAAUCAGAGGACGUCAAAGUGGAGACAGUUCAGUAUCUGCUAGGAGAACUCAAGUCUCUCAUUACUGGACAAGGCAGUGUAGCAGAGAGGUUACUCAGUCGUUUGGAGCACACUCUGUCGUCACCACAGAUGAAUGUUGGUAUUUCAAACAUUCAGACUGAACCCGAACUAUCAUCACUACAGAGCCAGAACACUCAGCUCCGCAGGCGUGUGCGGACUCUGAAUCAGCAGUUGAAGGAGAGGGAGAAAGCAGAGAGGCAACAGAACAUGGAGACGCUCUGUAACUCACAAGUGUUGACUCUGCAGGAGGAGCUCACUACCGCUCAGUCCCGACUGCAGGAGCUCCAAGAUGACCUCACAGAGCUACGGAAAGCCCUGAAGGACACACGGAGCCAGCUGACAGACAGAGAGGCGGAGAAUACGCUCAUCAGAGCAGAUCUGGAGGCCACCAGAACCAGGUUGCUGGACAGUGAGCAAGAAAAGAGUGAGUUGGCCUCACUCGCCCAGCAAAGAUUGGAAGAGAUUGCAAAACUUAAUAGGAUUCUCCAGAGUCAGGAUUCCUCAGGUUGUCCCACCAUGAUUGACAGCUCAGUGUCAGACCAACUGCCAACAAAACAGCAGCAGCAGAGACAGGAUGCGGCAGAGCCCCCCACUGAGCGCAUCGCCCACUUCCUCCUGUCUCUGGGUCAGCUGGAACAAACACACAUCGAGCAUGUGCGUGUGGCUGCAGAGAGAGAGGGACACACACCAGAGCAGGAGACCUCAGUCCAGCUGAGAGACACAUUAUUACCACCUGAUGUCACAUCUCAGCGAGGGGACAAGACGUCAGCCUGUCUCCAAAAUUCUCAUCUCAACCAGGUCCAGUUGCUGAGGCAGGAGACGGAGCGCAGGCGUCUCUUGAACUCCUCAGUGUCCCAGUGUGAUGUGGAGUCUGUGUUGUCUGACUGGAGCAUGAGGUCAGGGUCGACCUUUGACACCAGAGACGAGGAGGCGUUCAGAGACGGCCUCGCAGCUUUGGAUGCCAGCAUAGCCAGUCUGCAGAAGACUAUUAAGCUUGAUCUGGGGAGGGGCCGCUGUACACUGACAGGAGGCCUGCUCCAUCCACUGAUGAAGACCAAGCACUAAAAAAACUAUGAAAAAUGCUAG